AUGAGUCGGCAGCGGGAUUACUUCCGAGCUGAGAGCGGGGGGAACCCUACUCUAAAACAGGAUUAGGGAGUCUGUGGCUCGGGGACGGGGUUAUUGGGAGAGUGAAUUGGGUUGGUCGGAGUUUCAUGCAGGACCGGGGUUCCUGGGCACCCCCCUCCUGGUACAGAAAUGCCACCCUCGGCAAGGAAAUCGAUCAAGGAGCGCGAGCUGUUCUCCCUGACCUCAUCCUUACCAUGCGCCUCGUGGCUGAAGGUACUGCUGUGUAGCCCCCUACGCUAUCUAUGGAUGGUCCUCAUGGCCCUCACUGUGCUCUGUGUGGCCAUCCAGAUCCUAGGAGUCGUCUGGCAGUCCAGGAACGAUAAGAUGUUGAGCAAGAAGCUCCUGAAUGUGCGGUUUACCAUCGAGAUCCAGGGAACGCUCCCAACUGAGCAGAGGGACUGGGAAAACGUGCGCUCUUCGCACGCCCCUGUCGUAGAAGAGGAAGUGAGGUCACAGGAGGAAGGAGCUCCUAAACAAUCGGCCAAAGAGAACCAGAAGGUAGCAGAACAUCAAGAUGGCAGAGAUGAUCCAGGAGUGGAGAGGAGACUCCAGGUGCAUCACCAACAUUUAAAGCUCUCAAACACUUUCACCAAGGUCAAAGACUCCAGGAAAGAGGAAAGGGGUAAAGUUUUAGCAGUAAAGGCAGCCCUGCCCAAAGUCACAUUGGGCGAUGAUGAGUUGCAUUUGGGGGUUCCCGGGUCUGUGAUUCUCCAGCUGGGCCACAAAGCUAUCAGAGUGGUAUCUACCCUGUCUAACAAACCUUUCCAGGUCCCCUUAACCAAUCAGCUUAAGAGUAGAAACAGCCUUGCCCCUCUAGGCACCAACUCUGUAGUUGCCGGGGUGAUAAGCGAGGUGAAACCGGGGAUUGCCAACUCCACCUGUCGGCCGAAGAACCACAUCGUCUUUCUAAAGACGCACAAAACGGCCAGCAGCACCAUCUUAAACAUCUUGUAUCGCUAUGGCGACAGCCGCAAUCUGACCUUCGCCCUUCCGCUGAACAUGCACAGCCAGCUGUUCUAUCCCUUCUUCUUCGCCUCACACUUUGUGGAGGGAGUUAGGAGCCACAGUGUCAAAAAGUUCCACAUCAUGUGCAACCACAUGAGGUUCAGACCACCAGAGGUGAGGAAGGUGAUGCCCCAGGACACAUUCUACUUCUCCAUCCUGAAGAACCCUGUUGCCAUGAUGGAGUCCAUCUUCAUCUACUACAAGAGCAUUCCCGCCUUCCACAAGGCCCGCAGCCUGGACGACUUCCUCGACAACGGUUGGCGUAGUUACAACACGUCCCUUCCCAACAACCACUACGCCCGUAACAUCCUGACCUUUGACUUUGGCUUCGACAACAACGUCGCCACAGAGACGCCCGGAGACCUAGAGACGCGGGCCGCCACAGCCAUUGGCGCCAUCGAGGAGGACUUCCACCUUAUCCUCAUCUCAGAGUACUUUGACGAAUCCAUGAUCCUGCUCAAGCGUGCCCUCUGCUGGUCUCUGGACGACAUCGUCUCCUUCAAGUUGAACAGCCGGAGCGAGCGCGCACGGAACAUGCUCUCCCCGCACACCGCUGACAAGAUCAGAGCCUGGAACGCCCUUGACUGGCGGCUCUACCUGCACUUUAACGCCACCUUCUGGCGACGCGUGGACACUACUGUAGGGCGUGAGGAGAUGAGGCGGGAGGUGACUCGGCUGCAGGAGCAACGUGCCAAACUAGCCAAAACCUGCCUGAAGGAUGGUGGUGCAGUGGACCCGUCGCAGGUACAGGAUGCAGGGCUGAAGCCCUUCCAGUAUGGAGCGGCCAUCAUCCAGGGCUACAACCUGAACCCUGGGCUGGACGGGCCUACCAAAACACACUGUCAGAACCUGAUCACUCCAGAGCUGCAGUACACAGACACUCUCUACACCAAGCAGUUCCCGGAGCUUGCCACUAGGCAGAGACAGGCCGCCAAACUGGUCGCCUCACAACGUCAGCUUGGUCCAGCCAAGGUCAGCCCACACAAAGCAGCCAUGGCUGGGCCGGUGAGGGUGAGGGAGGCCCGACACAGUAGGACAGCCAGGAGUGUACCCAGAAAUCCUAAUGCCCAGAACCAAAAUCACCCCUGCCCAACUGUCCUGUCUAAAAUCACUGCAGAUAGAAGUGAAAGAAACAUGCCUUGAGGUAUGGCUCUUUCAACAUAGACUAUGGGACAAUCCAAAUCCACAGGAGCUCAUCAUUGAUGCUGAGCACAGGGGUCUUUUUCAGCUGAACAGCCAAUGGCUCUGUUUUGUCUGUACAGUGAGAACGUUUCGCUGCACAUUAUGCUGACUCUGGCUGGCUGCAGUGCAUAGGGCCAGUUUGCUGACUUUGGUGGCACUAGGAUAAGCUCUAGUGUUUCUAUCCAACGAUACUGGACCUGUGUGGGUGGAGGGGAUGGAGUUGGGGGAGGAAGAGGAAGAGUAGGAAGGAGAGGGAGAGUGCAACUGGGCUGAUUGUCCUGCCUUGACUGGUUGGAUUGGAAGUAGCAUCUCAUCUAAUGUCUCCCCUUGCUCUUGUCACACACUGAGGUUUAGAAUAUGAACCCUUGGGGUGUACUAUAGUUUGAAUGGCACAUACUUGGUCCUAUUGAUUAAACUGAUUGGGGUUGGGUAAGGCCUGUAGUACAGUAGGCCUAUGUACAGUACCAGUCAAAAGUUUGGAGACACCUACUUAUUCCAGGGUUUUUCUUUGUUUUUACCAUUUUCUACAAUGUAGAGUAAUAGU